GAGGGUCGAUCCCUGCCCUGGAUGCGUGCUUGGGGGAUGCGCGGUGCUGCGAGACAUUCAGAGACCUCUGAGACCUCUGGACUUUCAUUCUCUCUCUCCAUCUCUCUCUCUCCUCCAUCUACACAAUGUCUUCUGCCGCCCCUCCCGCCUCGACACCGGUGCAGCCACCCACGACGCCCACCCCGUCCAACCCGCCACCCAGCUCCAACCCCGGCGGUGGUGGUGGUGGUGGCAGCAGCGCGCCCCCUCCCAGCACACCCCCGACGUCCCAACAGCCCCCCGAGACUCCCACCCCAUCCCAGCAGCCUCCCGAGACGCCAUCGACCUCAGAGCAGCCCCCCAACACUCCCACCACCUCAGAGCAGCCACCCACUACGUCGCAGGCACCACCUGACACCACAACACAACAGAACCCCCAGACUUCCUCCAGUACCUCCGAGCAGUGGCAGCCAACGACGAGUGAAACACGCACGCAACAGACUAGCACACAAGUCAUCGAGGAGCAAGGCGGCACGUCGUACAAGUAUGUGACUGUCACCGACUCGCGAGGCUUGGCGCAGACCUCGGCCGUUGCUGUCGCACCGCACAAGAACAACACCCCGGCGAUUGUUGGUGGUGUCGUCGGCGGCGUCGGCGGCGCACUCGUCAUUGCAGGCCUUGUUGCUCUCUUCCUCUACCGGAGAAAGAAGAACCGAGAGGUGGCAUUCGACGAGAAAAUGUUUGACCCGCACCACUCAACGCGCCACUCCCAGGCUGAUCCUCUCGACAUUGCCCCGACGUCCCCGAGCGUCGGUAUGCCCGGCGAGCACACGACGAUCGAGCCGUUCCCGUACGAGCCCUCGUCGGCGCACGGAUACGAGUAUGACCCGUACCAGCACAACCAGUCCUUUGGGCAGAUGCAGCCAGGCGACACGAUGCAAAUGCAAGGCAUGAACAUGCCCGACGCGCGCGACUACAUGUACGGCGGCAACAACUACAGUGGCUACGGCGCGGCCGCUGUCGGCGGCGCAGCAGCUGGUGCGUUGAGCCCGGUCGCGGCCGCCAAGCAUCGCGAGGCGACGGGCGCGCUCUCGCCCCAGCAGACGGGCAUGUCUUCAUCUGCGGGCGGGUCUCGCCUCAGCCACUACGAGGACGCAUACUCGCAGCAGCAGCACCAGUACCCGGCCUCGCCGCCCCGCUCGGCGCCAAGCGAUGGACGCCAGAGCGUGUAUCAGCACACGGACAUGCUCAGCGAGCCCAGCGACGAGAUGCAGGAGAUCCCCCCCAAGUGAGUCCAAGCGAGCUGGUGAAUGGCGCCCGAUCCCGUGCCAAGGAGCUUGCCAUCUACCUCGGCUGUCGGAUGUCGGCUCUCCACCUCCGCACACCGCUGACUCCAGCUACGAUUCCAUCCGCCGCUAGCCCCCCCACCCCGGCCCAUAUAGAGCGCUUGCGCAUGUAUUUUUACGCUUGCAUGCUGCAGGGAGGGGGGGCGCCGCGGAUUGUGUCAGUGGCUGAGGGUGCACGGUGGCUGGCGGUAUGGGGUCG